AUGGCCUCUGACCGAGGCACUCCUCCCCCUCCCAGGGAGCCGACUCCAGCCGGUUCCCUACCUGCCUCGACCGCGAUUCCGUUGAAACGACCUGCACUUGAGGAAGACUUCACUCCUUCCGUUCCCUCUCCCCUGAACCCAGAUGUUCGGUCUACACCAAAACCACAAGGCACCGAAGAGAUGCCAGCAAAGCGCAGCAAGAAGGAGUCGCUGAAGAAGCGCGAGUCGAAAGGUGCCUUCGGCAGCGACAGCAACCGAAACACCCCAGAUCCCAAGCAUAAGGAGCCAAGACAGAGUGAAUACAGUCCCAUCCGCUACAAGCUAGCACCUCCAAAGCCUUCCGACUUCGAACCCGCAAGGGCGCCGAUAUUUACCCACCAUCACGACGUGCCGGCUCUCGAUGAAGGCAAGAUCCAAUUCUACGAGACAUCAGAGCAUGUUCACAACAAGAAGAGCUACCACUACACUCACUGCAUCGCGGACCCCGAGUUUCCCUCAUCGCUUUACUAUCGCGGCACCGAGGCCGAGCCCUUCGGCCCCCAUCUGGCCUUCGAGGACAGCGCAACACAUCUCUUCUUCGACCAGACAGGCCGUCACAUCACGACCGAAAAGGGUUUCCGCAUGACACGCGCGAACGUUGCGAUUCGGCAAGGGCGAUUCUAUUGGGAGGUCAAGAUCACAAGGGGCAUGGUCGAUAAGAAGGACGGGGAGGGACAGCCGGAGUCGCAUGGCCACGUGCGCUUUGGUUUCGCGAGGAGAGAAGCUUCGGUGGACGCCCCCGUCGGAUUUGAUGCUUACAGUUACGGCUUCAGAGACGUUGGCGGGGAGAAGGUUUACAUGUCGCGGCCGAAAGCGUUCUUCCCCGAGGGAGAGGGUAUUCGCGAGGGUGACGUUAUUGGCUUGGAAAUUCAGCUUCCUUCGGAGCGUCUUCAGAGAAAGGUCUUGGCUGGUCAGUUCAAUCCAGCCGUGGACACCGGUCUGGACGAUGACAGCACGGCGUUCGAGGCUCCCAAUAUCGUUCGCGACCGCAUCCCAAUCCGGUUCAAGUCGCAUAUCUACUUCGAAAAGAUCGACUAUCACACAACAAAGGAGCUCGAGGACCUCAUGAACCCAUCGCCCGUCUCUUCCGGACCGGCUAAUGCGGUAGAGGCACCACAUCCCAAUCACGCCGUUCCCGCUCUCCGCACCCUACCCGGCUCCCAUAUCAAAGUAUACAAGAAUGGCGUCGACAUGGGUACAGCAUUCACCGAUCUGCUUACGUUCCUGCCUCCAGCUUCCAAGCCGCAAUCUAACAUUGGCGCUCGCGAUGGCCUGGACAAUGGUAUGCUUGGGUACUACCCCGCGGUGAGUGUCUUCAGAGGCGGUGCCGCCGAGGUCAAUUUCGGGCCUGACUUCUGGUACCCGCCUCCUGGAAUUGUUGGACACGCGGACAAGGAUGUGAACAUGGUCAACGGCGGACAGAACGAGACCAAGAACACGGGGUACCCGGAGCUAGAUGAGGUUCGACCCGUAUCUGAGCGCUACACGGAGCAAAUCGUUGAGGAUAUCGUCUAUGAUAUUAUCGAUGAGGUCGACUUCUGGGUGCAAGACGGAUGCAGGAUUAUUGAUCGGUUCGGUCAGGGCGAGAAGGCUGGCCAGACUGGCGUCGCUCCCACAGGACGGGAUGAGAUCAAAGAACUGGUGCAGGAUGAUUAG